UCUCCCACUGAUCUUGAGAUGAUAUUCUCUGAACCAGCUUUGCAUCGUAGCAGUUUACGGCGGUUGGACAUGGCUGACCUCCUAUUUAGACAACAAGAUGGCCACUGCUAUGCAUGAUGACGAAUACCACUCGAUGCCCCCUACCGGAGGUGAGGGCUGUCGCCCUCCCGGCGACCACCUUGAGACAGGUCGCGCUGCCGACCCCAACUCGUCCGUAGAGGACUACAGCCGAGUCAUGCUCGAAUACACCCAACGCCGCAUGGCGGAUUUCACCGACCUCGAUGACGGAAAGGGGUCCAGCCGAAGCAGCCGCAGCAGCCAAACCAGCGGCAACAGCGGCACCUCGACCAGCGGCAUGCUUGCCCGUCAAGCUGCCGGCGCGACUGGAGCGGCUCACGAUAGCUCCGAAUCUGCCAGACGCCAGUCCGGCGUGAACUCGGCCGACCUGUCCUUCUGAAGGCUUAUCCGGGUGAGGAAGGGGUAGCUGUAAUGGCUACUUCCCUCAUCUGGCCUGGGGACGAGUUCACGAAUUACGUUUUACGGUGGAGUCUGUGGGCAAUCUGGGGAGGCACGUCGCCGAAGACAAGCUUGACGUGUUCUCCCGGCGUUAUGAUUGACAAGCGAGCGCGCUCUGAUUUCGAAAGCGAUGGCGAAGCGAUUGAUAGAAACGGGCGACGUCCGAGCCAAGGCUCCGUGAGACCCUACUGCAUGUGUGUUUGAUUUGUUUCUUUCUUUUCCAAU